UAAUUUUUUUUAGUCCAUAGAGGCAUUUCCCUUGACCAGCGGAAAGCAGCUUUAAUUGUUAUCUAAAUUAUCGAUAAACCGAAUUUAACUCGAACAAACGCAGCCAUUUUAUAAGGCGAAUUCACUUGCGUUUUGGUAAACAAAAUUUAAAAGAACCAAGACGAAAUCGGACGUAGUAGUUAAAGCGAAUGGAAACGUUGGAAAAUUACGAACCAUUUAGAAUCAAAAAUUAUACAGAGGUAGCACAAUGCGGAGGCACCGACAACCAAAAAUAAAAUCGAAAGUUGUUUUGGGAAAUUUCGUCCAUGUUUAGUGUUGAGUUAAAUGUACACACUGUGUUUGUAAAUAACACUUGUUGUUGGUUCUUAGAAUUAAGAUUACUUUUAAAAUGAAUGGCUCUUAAACUUAUUAUGUUAAAAUCGCCGUAGAAUUUGGCAUUUCUCAAGUUUUUCGAAUGGUCUCCGUUAGGCAUCAACUCUGAUUAUGCUUCUGAAACCUUUCAUAUCUAAAACUUUAUUUUCAAAAACAUUCUAUGUGUUAGAAAUGAUUUGCAAAUUUUAGUUUUAAGAAUGCCUACUUGGACACAUACUUAAUUUAUCUACUGUACGUAUGCAUGCCUACCUUUAAUUAUAUUCAUAGAUUCUGAACUGCAGAUGCCUAAUAACGCCACAAUGCCGUCAGCGUCGCCAAUCGCACAACGACGCGACUCCAUACUGAAACACCAGAACAGCGUGAAAACUGAUAAGCGAGUCAGCAUCAAACAGGGCAGCCAGAAGAGCAGCGGCAAUAAGUUGCAAAUGACUUCAAAUCUAGAGUACAUCUCAGAGAAAGCCUCGUCGUUGUCAUCGUCUGCCUCAACGUUGCCAUCAAGCGGUUCGACGACGCUGGAGCGUCGGCCUAGUAAAACGACAGCAGGUCCACGUCCUGCCUCGCUGGUCAUCACAAAGAACGACAAUAAGGGAUCACAAUUCAAAUUAGUGCGCUCUUCCUCGGUGGACUACGAGGAUAUCGAGAGCCAAGUGCCGACGCGCACGGUAAACAAGAUUAUACUCGCUGAGCACUUGCAGGAGGAUGAAUCCGCACCGUUAGUAUUCACUGUACACAAAUGAGAGCAACCUUUGGGGCCUGUUCACCUGCCGACUGACGGCGGUCGUGUGGGAUGUCUACUUGAAAUUGGUAAAUAGGAGUUAGGCUGUGUAUGGGUAAAGAAGUCUUCGCAGCAAAGCAGGCAAAAACGUCGCAAAACGAAGGUUCACAAUCCCAUAGCCAACUUUAGAAGAGCGCGCGAAGCGCAAAUAAUGUUCAGCGGAAUUGUCAAAAUACUUUUUAUACCUUUUAUUUUUUAGAUAGCAAAUUCGCCUACAUAUGUUUUCUGUAAAUGAAUAGUGCUAGCGCUGGUGCUUUACAUAUAUAUACAUAUAUACAAGGAUAUAUUUUUUCAAAUUUUCAAUUACACUUACAAACAUAUACAUAUAAAACUAUUUAGCCAAAUAUUUUUUAGAGUAAUAACUAUUGUAUUGUGAGUUGACUUAUAUUUUUGUGUAUAUAUAUAAUAUUGUAGUGUUUAACUGAAAAUGAUUCGCAACGAUGCCUAAGAAUCGAGUGAGCCUAAAUGUUUAUAUAUGUAUCUAUGUAUUUAGACGCCUAAUUCAAAAAGUAAAAAUAACAAUAACAAUUAUACCGUUAAUAUAGUUUAUUGUUGACGUUUUUUUUUCACUAAAAGUUAAAUAAAAUGUUUGGUGAAAAAUAUUCGAGUGCUUUGGGUGCCAACCCACAUCUUACCAUUUAAGUAUUUAAUUAUAAAAAAUAUAGUUCAAUAAAAGCAAAUGUUACAAAAAAUAUACAUUUUAGCAUACACAAAAAAAAAACUACAUACAUACAUGCAUAUAUACAUACAUAUAUGUAUGGGGACGUAUUGCCAACGUUUUCCAAAAUGUAUUAAGUUAUAGAUUUUUUAUAGAUUAUACAGUUUAUUAAUUAAUCGUUAGUGGAACGAGCAAGAGAGACUACAGUCGUUUUUUGCAACAAAUUGCACUAAAACUGUUUCUGCUUUUGAUAGAAAGUAAAUAUUGAAUUAAUAUAAACUAUACUUUUGAAGAACGUUUGCGAUAUGUAUGUAGACUCAAAAACUAUAGUAUAUCUAUUGAUACGAUACAUAAGACAUAUACGCAAGCUUCAAGAAGCUAUUAUAAACACAACUUGUAGCAGAAAGGAAUAAAGAGUGGCAUUAAGAUUUAAGUCACAAUUGGAAAAUGUAGCCGUUCUUUUAAUUAUUGACACAAAUAUUUCGCUGAAUUCUUUUUUGUGCAUUAGCAUAGAUUCCGCUGUUCCUAUAGCUACUAUAUACUCCAGUCACUGUUCAAUACAGCUUGGGUCGGGCACUGGGACACUGAUGACUUGUGUUUCAUAGCGAAUGGUUAUUUCUCAGACCUUUCUAGCUUCUCUACUAUGCGUAAUCUAACCUACGAAGUCAGCUUCGACAUUCCAGGUGGUAAGGACGAAGGAGAUUAAGCUGAACUUAAGCAUUCGGUCGGUGGCACUACAAGCGUUGUAAAUUAUGCCAAGCCUGUAUGGUCGCCAGCGGCUGGUAGAAACUUCAAAGCUGCUAGACAG